AUACUGGGUUUGAAAACAGUUAAUCCACUAGAAUUUCUUUGCCAGAGAAACCGGAGCUAGUUGUUUUAGAAACUUUCCUAUAAACUAUGCCCUGUAAUAUAUUCCUGUCUAGCCUGAACUGCAGCUUCAAAACCAUCGAUACCUCUGGGUGAAGGGGACCUUGUAACAAAUUGGCUCUUGCGGAGCAAGGUUUGAAAUUGAGUAUCAGGUAAGCCAAAGGAAUUAGUUUUAAAGAGUUACAGGUUUGGAGGUGGUGUCUCUAGUACACACCAUGAAAGGUUUGGGGUGAGAACCAUGAGUCAGUUACCCAGCCCAAAUCAUAAGGGAAUAGCUAGAUGUGUAGCUUUUGUCAUCUUAUAUUAAGAACCAAAAGGGCAGAAGCUGGAAACUGCAUAUAGGGAAGAGAGUAAGCACUGUGCCCUGGGGACUUCAGUUCUGUUCACUCAGCCAGAAGGAAUAAAUAGCUGAGUGGGUGGGAUUUUCCCUGAGAUUUUGGGGAGGGAGAGGGAGCAGGAGACUGGAUUUUUCUGCCACACAACUAAAGAAGUCUGCACAGAUUUGCCUGUGUGUUCACUUAUGUGACUGAAGAGGUUGAUGUCCUGGAGCAGAGGUCAAGGAAGACAGCAGGUUCCUUGCACUAGAUAGGGUUGAGGAGAUGAAGGAAAACAUGGUGAAGUGGAGGGGAGUGCAAGUUGGGAGCAUGAGAAGGCGGCAGGGGCAGCAGCAGGUGGUGUGGGGAAUUAUAUAGGGGAACACCCCAAUUAGCUGCCUGACAGUGAGAAUAUUCUGAGAGAGAACUUGUGCUAUGCCUUGCAUUCUUAAUUUAUUUGUCUGCUUUCCACACUGCAUUCUGAAUGACUGUGUGAGCUAGGUAGGCUGUAUGACCUGCUGGCCUGUUUCCUAUACUUUGAAGGCUGCACAUUUCUCUACCUAGGUCCAGACAGAGAGAUGCAUGUAACCUCUUAUAACUCAGAGUUCCGGCAGAGGGACUGUGGUGUUGAGGAUAAAGUAUCUUCUGCUUAACUGUGUGACCCCUCCUAAGUGGCUACAGCAGAUUCAUUCCAUCUGUUUUGGGGGCCCAAGUACCUGUGAAACCUUUGCCCCGUGUAUAAAAAGUCCCUGUAGCUGAGCAGCCUUCUCUGAAGGUGGUGCAGUCACAUUUUGGAGGGUACUGUAUUGUACUUUUCAGCUUAACUCUUUCAUCUCUGUCCUUCCCUGGGAGGGUCAAGCAGUGCACGGUCCAUAGAAUUGACUCCAGGAUGGGAGGCACAGGGCAGGUACCUGGUUGCUUUGCUGAUGCUGUCAGCCUGUUGGAUUCCAUCUGGGCAGGCACUGGCUUGCUACAUCUUGGAAUGGGUAGGUUUCAGGUAAUUGGCCCUGUGUGUUUGGGUGACAUCUUGAAAUGUGACGUAGUGACAUUCAGAACUUUGGAGUACGGUGGAGCCUAGCACUUCACUGGCACUUUUGCUGCAGCUACGCUUGUGGCUCCUGAAUUUUACAUCCUUCAUGUAGUCCUUCUGCCUAGGCUUUCCUCAUUCAUGGAUAAACAUAACUAAUUUGUUUUCCUUUUCUCUUUCCUCAGGAAGACCAGCAAACAUCUGGAAGCUUCUGAGUGUAACAGGACACAAUAUUCUCUUCCAUACUGGGGGAGAAGUUCCUGCACUUGUGUUCUCUUCCUCCAGUUGUGACUGCAAUGCAGGUUCCAAGAGCCAUUAUGUUCUUUUGCUUGGACUACUUCUGCUGACCUUUGCCCCACCUCUGAGUGCCAAGGGGAAGGACACUUGAGGCAUGGGUGCCCUUCUGUUGGCUUUUAGAAUGUGGGCAGUCAUGUAAAGGUAUGCCAUUACUAUUAACUGGAAGGGUGCGCACUGGUUGAGGCUAGCAGGAAGGAUUUGCAGGGCUGGAAGGAGAUGCCAUUCAGACAAGGAAAUGUCAAGCUUAGGUUUCCUGCAUGCUGGUGCCCUUUUCUGUUACAACAGCUGACAAGAUAAGUAACUCCACUUUUGUGUGGGUUAGUAUGCAGAAUGUAAAUCUCUACUUAAUGGCUGGUGAGGUGGUAAGCUACAUUUUAUGUGUUAGUGUCUGUCUGUGUUGUUACCACCCCUAGCUGUUUUUGUUUCAUCCAUUGGCUGUAUCUUCUCAACCACAGUUGCAUGUGCUUUGUGGGUAGAGACUCUCUUUUUUUCACAACAUGUUUGUACACCACCUAGGCCAUGGAAAACUUGAUCCCUGACUGGGGCCUUUAAACAGUGCUAUAAUAUUAAUAAUAUACUGAGACCAGGUUCUAGCUUCUAGAACACAUUGAUCCCUGCACUACCUCUUUGCUAUAACAGUAGGGACCCUGGGCCACUUCUGUACUCUUUGGAAAAAUAGGAUGUAUAUGGUGUUUCCACUUUGCUGAAAUGAGAAAGAUACAGGUGCACUUCUCUGUCCUAUUCUGUGGCUCUGUUUUGGAAGAGUCAUAUGCAUUUCAGCCCUCUGCUAGGGAUUCCCUGUUGGAGAGGGAAGGGAUUCUUAUCCAUGAUCAUUUAUUCCUUAAACUUUUUGCUUAAAUUGUUAGCAGUUGUGCUGGUGAUUCUCUGUGGUCUGUCUGCAUAACAGAGAAUAGCUAGAGGCCCAGGGAAACCUACUUGGUGGCUUGUGUGAACAAUCUGCAGCCAUCACUGUUGCAAGUGGUGAUCCUCUAGCUAAUAGCAUAGCUGUGUAUCACAGUACACCAAGCUUCUUUAUUCACUCCCAGUACAUUCUCUUUGGUUCACAUUGUAUCAUUAUUUUAGAUAUCCCAGGUUCUAAACAGGAAUUUACAAUAUGAUUGCUAGGCUGAUUGCAUCUUCACAGCCUGUUGGUAUCUUGCUUUAGGGAUCUUAGGGAAGGAAGACAAUUUCUCAGCUUCCACAUACAGCAUUUCAAAUAGACAGGAGGUAAGUUCUGCUCCCCUAUUAAGCCAUAAGGCACUAGAUAUUUGUUUGAUGUGAAGCAAAAGGCCAUGCUCAGGUCAGUGUAUGCGAGGAAGCAUCACUGCAUUGGCCUUGGCCUAUUUUCUGUUCUAGAUGCAGCUGUGAUCUUCGGCUGUGUGUCUCACCGAAGGGACCUGAUGUUUUACAUUAUUGGUGGGAUCACAGUGUCUGUGGUAGCCUUCUUCUUCACCAUUAAGUUCCUCUUUGAGCUUGCCGCACGUGUAGUCAGCUUCCUCCAGCAUGAGGACCGGGAGCGCAGAGGGGAGCGGACUAUUUAUGACUACGUGCGAGGCAACUACCUGGACCCCCGGUCCUGCAAAGUCUCCUGGGAUUGGAAGGACCCCUUUGAGGUGGGCCAUAGCAUGGCCUUCCGAGUGCAUUUAUUCUAUAAGAAUGGACAGCCCUUCCCUGCUCAUCGGCCUGUGGGACUGCGAGUUCACAUCUGCCAUGUGGAGCUAGCAAUUGAUAUCCCUGUGACUCAGGAAGUUCUUCAGGAGCCCAGUUCCAAUGUGGUGAAAGUGGCAUUCACCGUGCGCAGGGCUGGGCGAUAUGAGAUCACCAUAAAACUUGGUGGUUUGAAUGUGGCCUACAGUCCUUACUACAAACUGUUUCAGCCAGGGAUGGUGGUUCCUUCCAAAACCAAAAUUGUUUGCCACUUCUCCACUCUGGUUCUGACCUGUGGUCAAAAACACACCUUACAGAUUGUUCCCAGAGAUGAGUAUGACAAUCCCACCAGCAAUUCUGUAUCCCUGAUAGAUGAGCACAAUUACAGCCUUUCCAUCCAUGAGCUGGGUCCUCAGGAGGAAGAGAGCUCUGAUGUCUUGUUUGAGAAGUCUGUGAUGUCUAAUCGGCAGACUUGCCAGGUGUUCCUGCGACUCACCUUGCAUCGUAGGGGGUGUUUCCAUGCUUGUAUCUCCUACCAAAACCAGCCCAUUAGCAAUGGUGACUUUGACAUCAUUGUUCUAAGUGAGAAUGAAAAGAACAUCGUGGAGCGCAAUGUGUCCACCUCAGGGGUCAGUAUCUACUUUGAGGCCUACCUUUACAAUGCUACUAGCUAUACUAAUACUCAGUGGCACCUCCCACCCACACACCUGGGUUCCUCCCAGCGCCGUCCUUCUACUGCAACUGAGGAUGAGGAUGAAGACUCUCCCUCAGACAGCCAGACCCCUGAGAAAGUGAAGAAACCCAAAAAGGUGUAUUGUUACGUGUCACCCAAGCAAUUCUCGGUGAAGGAAUUCUAUCUGAAGAUCAUUCCUUGGCGCCUCUUCACCUUUAGAGUGUGCCCAGGCACCAAGUUUUCUUACCUUGGGCCUGACCCUGUGCACAAGCUGCUGACUCUGGUGGUGGAUGAUGGGAUCCAGCCCCCCGUGGAGCUCAGCUGCAAGGAGAGGAACAUCUUGGCAGCCACUUUCAUUCGCUCUCUACAUAAAAACAUAGGAGGCUCUGAGACUUUUCAGGACAAAGUGAACUUCUUCCAGCGGGAGCUGCGUCAAGUGCAUAUGAAGAGACCCCAUUCAAAGGUUACAUUGAAGGUCAGCCGCCAUAGCCUGCUGGAAUCGUCUCUGAAAGCAACACGGAAUUUUUCUGUUUCUGACUGGAGCAAAAACUUUGAAGUGAUUUUCCAGGAUGAAGAAGCUCUGGACUGGGGAGGCCCACGCAGAGAGUGGUUUGAGUUGAUCUGUAAGGCUUUAUUUGACACCACCAAUCAGCUCUUUACUCGCUUCAGUGAUAACAACCAGGCACUGGUGCAUCCCAACCCAGGUCGGUCCCCUCAUCUAAGACUGAAGGUGUAUGAGUUUGCAGGGCGCUUGGUAGGGAAGUGUCUCUACGAGUCAUCUCUGGGAGGGGCUUACAAGCAGCUGGUACGAGCUCGCUUCACCCGAUCUUUCCUGGCUCAGAUCAUAGGAUUACGCAUGCAUUACAAGUAUUUUGAAACAGAUGACCCGGAGUUCUAUAAAUCCAAGGUUUGCUUUAUACUGAACAAUGAUGUGAGUGAGAUGGAGCUGGUCUUUGCUGAGGAGAAAUACAGCAAAUCAGGGCAGCUGGAGAAGGUGGUUGAGCUGGUAACCGGAGGGGCUCAGAUCCCAGUAACCAACGAUAACAAGAUUUUAUAUCUGAAUUUGCUUGCUCAGUACAGAUUGGCCAAUCAGGUUAGAGAGGAGGUGGAUCACUUCUUGAAAGGCCUCAAUGAGCUGGUUCCGGAAAACCUUCUGGCUAUUUUUGAUGAGAAUGAACUUGAGUUGCUGAUGUGUGGUACUGGAGACAUCAAUGUCUGCGAUUUCAAGACACAUGCUGUGGUUGUAGGAGGGUCCUGGCACUUCCGAGAGAAGGUCAUGAGGUGGUUUUGGACUGUGGUUUCCAGUUUCACGCAGGAGGAACUGGCUAGGCUCUUGCAGUUCACAACUGGUUCCUCUCAGCUGCCUCCAGGAGGGUUUGCUGCACUCUGUCCAUCUUUCCAGAUAAUUGCAGCUCCAACCCAUAGCACAUUGCCAACGGCCCACACCUGUUUUAACCAGCUGUGCCUCCCUACUUAUGACUCCUAUGAAGAAAUGCACAAGAUGCUGCAGCUGGCCAUCAGUGAGGGCUGUGAGGGCUUUGGCAUGCUGUGAUUUCCCUUCUUCAGAGGCCCUCCAAGCCUCCUGGCUCAUCAGGACAAGGCCCAGGUCCAGUCUACUACUUGUUCUCUUCCCUUCACAUGGGCAAUGGAGGCAGAAUGCAGACUGUGCAUCAAGGUCUGUCAUCCAGAUGAUGUUACAUGGCCUUUCCGCAUCCAAAGUAUGUCACCAAGAGCUCACCUUGUCCCCACCUCUCACUCCUAUUUUUAAUUCAGGGUGGUAAGGCAAGGGGACUAUGGUCAUCCAUCAGAAUGGUACAGCACCUGGAUUUCCCAGGACUCUGCACCCAUCCCUCUGAGGAGAAGAAGCCUGUGAACUGAAGUUACAGUUAGGUACAGGAGGAGGUCUGUGUAGAUGUCAUUCCUCUAGCUGCCUUGGGGAAGGACCAGCUUGGAGUUCUGUUGGAGACCUGGCUUUUGAGAAGCCUUAAUAACUUUCCAUGCCUUGGUUUAGAUCCCUCUGCUGAUGCUCUCCUGUAGUUUGCAUAAUUCCCCUUGAAUUGCUUAUCUCUUCAGGGCACUGGAUUGUCCCUCCUUCUCUGUACCUGGCCCAGUAGGGCUUCUAGUUCUCUCCCUCCCCACAGCACUGGAUGCAGCCAUCUCUUGACCCUGUUGCAGAGGAAAGAUGGAAACAUAUACUAGAGGGAGCAGCCCAGAGGAGAGAACAUUCUCUUACUUGAGCACAAGUGCUGGCCCUGGCAGUGACACUGUACUACCUCCACCAGAGGCUGGCAGCAGAAGCAUCCUUCUCUUUUGUCAGUGGCUGGCAUGAGCCUCUGCAGCUGAACUGGAAGAGGAGAUUCUCCUCUGGUGAAUGUUUGACAGAGAUCAUAAAUGUUGCACAGGAAUCUGUCCCAUGCCCCUUGCCUUUCUUUCCCUUCCUCAGGAGAGAGGGAAUGGGUAUGAGUGUGUGAGCCUUCAAUGCUGAACACCAACACCUAUCCCAACAUUAAUCUUCAGGGCAUGUAUGUAGUAAUAGUGAUAGGCCAGCUGGCCAGCAGGCAGCUACUAUUGCUUGUAUUGGGCUUAUGUUUGUACAGGAGUAUAACUAGGGUGAGGGUAUUGGGACAGAACCCAGUACCUCAGCCCCUGACAUUCCACGGGGUCUUUGCUUCUACCUCUAUCACAUGGCAGUAGGAGACUCCUCUUCUUCCAACAUGCUGCAGGCAGAGUUUCCCAAAGGAUUGUUGGUACUUGGAGAGCAGCUGGCCUUCUCUCCUCCUUUGUUCUCUUUUCUGAGCACUCCUUUCUUGCUGUCCUUGUCAGUGCUGCUGGUGUUCCAGCGGUAGACAUAAAACUGGAGCUUCUUCCAAAUGGACACUGAGCAGCUAGCCUGAUGACCAAGGUCUUAAUUCUGAUGGUCCACUCAGCCCUCCAACCCUUUGGAAAUAAAAGGCAGGAGAAUCGGGGAAUCUUGCCAGUUUUGUCAAUGAGUCCAAAAUCUAAAUAGAUCUCUACGCUCUCAGCUGUCUCCUAGAGGGCAUAUCUCCAGGUCGGGAGGAGGGGCAUGUUAGUGAUUGGCUAGCACAUGAGGAGCCUGCACUGCUACUGCCUGUACUAUACCUGUCCACUGGAGUUGGGGGGUUUUAAUCUCCUUGGACGAGAUCUUAAUCUGGCAUCUCUUCUAAGAGCUAGUUUUAGAAAAACAUAUACGAUAAAGAAUUGUGCCAUCUUCCUCCAUCUCUGUUCUGCUGUAGCUUGGGCAGUAGUUUACCUGACCUGAGCCAACUCAUAGGGGGAUGGCUUUUUAUGAUGACUGUGCACCUUUCCAGUACAAACUUACUGAACAAAUUGGGAAUUUGUGUGAAGAUUCUAGAGCUAGGAAAUCCUUUUAUUAAGGCAGCAUCUUAACUGCUGUUAGGGCAAAUGUGUCACUUCUGUACAGAAAUAUAAGCCAUCUUGGUGCCAAAAAAACAGCCAGAGCUGUAAGCAUUCAAUACUACUCAGGGGGAUUUCUCAGUCUUGUGGAUUCACUCCCUCUUGGGCACUGAUAUGCUGGGAGACAGCCUGUUAGAGAGCUCCUGCAGUUCCUCUCUUGACAGAUCACUUCAGUAGCAGCUUUUCUCCCUUUUUUAAAGCAGACUCCCUUUCUGUAAGGUUCCAGCCUCCUUUGGAUGGAGAGUAUAGUAUCAAUUCAUUUGCACUGAAGGCUCUUGUGGUCAGUGCAGAUGCCACUCCUGGUUACUGUGCCACCCCCUUUACUGUUCUCCCCACAGAUCAAGAGAAGAUGGUGCUGCUUGGCUCAGCUCACAUGGAUUGGGAAGGCACAGUUUGGUGCUGUCCCUGCAUUGCAAUCCUGCAUCUUGUAAUCUUGCCUGGUGAGGGCUCUUCCAGCCUUGUGGCUACUGGCCAAUUCUGCUGAUGACAUCUUCCUCAGGAAUCCUCUCCUUCCUUCUCUAGAGCUUGACUUUGCACUCUGAGGACUGAGUGACUGGAUAUAAGGCAGACUUCCUCUGCUUCAAGUUCCCUGACCCCUCUCUCCUUGUGUCAUUGCAGCUGCCCCCGCUCUCCCAAUGCAGCUGUGUUGUACAGAUGCCAAGGAUUUUCUUUUGUCACAAAUGCAGUCAGAACUGUGGUGAAUGCUAUUAGCUCUCAGCUGAUUAAAAACCUAUACUGGUCCCACUGGCGCUUGGCUGGUCCCAUCCCUCUCCCCACACCAAGCUCCAUCACUUUGGUGAUAAAGGAUCUUCUUGUUCCUAAAUUUCUUCCCUUCCCAACAUACCUAUCUUACAUCCUGCCCUUGCACUGUCAUCAGUGGGGACAAACGUACAGGAUGUGUUGGGGUCGCCUGUACUGUAUUUUCCUGCUGUAGAGGCUUCCUCUUUUUUUUUUUCUUUCUUUUUGUGUUGGUUCCUUAUUUAUUCCUACCUAAUAGAAGCGCUUCAGUAGAAUAAGUUAGGCUAGGUUUAUUGUACCAUCUCAGACAGACCCUUUACUCCCUGGAGCUCCCCUUGACUUUACAGGGCCUGGUGUCAGCCUGUAUCUUGAGAACCAUGUUGCAUGUUUUAGAAACUGGGAGCUGUGGGUGAAACAGGUCAGACCCCAGUUCCAUCUGGCAAAUUCCCAGCAGAGUUCAGCCAGGAUCUGGGAAGCCUAUGGUUAUAGUAGCAGA